AUGGCUAAGGUUGUGGUUGGAUCAUAUCCCAACAUGACGUACAACGUCCAGUGCGAGACCGAUGAGACGUUGGUUCAGCAAGCUGCAGGGACAUCACUGCAUACAGCUGACAGUUUCGGCUACAACUGUGGCGACCCAUCUCCCUUCGGCGUUUGCGGUCUCGUGCAGCUGUGCCCUUCAUCCGAAGAUUCGAUUGACGGCACGUGUCCCGGACCCGCGCAGAAUAAGUCAGAUGUCUGCUUGGACCUGAAUCCAAUCUUCUGCAAAACCGUCCGGAAAUAUCCGCGGAUGUGCUCCCAGCCCUACCAUGGGCCAAACGUCUCUGUCACCUGCUGCGAUGCCUGCAAAGGCUACCAUGCUCCUGCUCCAGCACCGCACCCACAGAGCGAACGCGAACGAACUCGAAAUAAGAGGUUCGCGACGCAUGCAGCUUUAGUGUUGUGCUCUUUGGCCACGGCGGUGGUCGGCUGCAUCGUAGUAUUCGUUAGGCGGAGGAAGCAGCGGGAGUUGCGGGCGACGGCCUUCGAGGAGUGCGCUGCUGUCGAAGCCACGGCGAACGGUGAGGCUGAGGCAGAAUACUUGGAGAUGGCCACCCCCCGUGGCGCCGCUGAUCGCUGA